CUGCUCUGCUUCUCCCCUCAGCCUUGAGUAGUGCUUGGCCGUGCUCCUCCUGAGUGCUCCCUGGGAAAGCGAUAAUGAUCACAUUCAUGAACAACUCAGACAGCGAGGAGGAGCCCUGCAAUGAGAGAACAUCCCUGAUGUCUGCAGAGAGCCCUCCAGUACCCUCCUACCGGGAUGGCCUGCAAGCCUCAGAAGCAGGGGAAGCGCAGGCGCAUAGGAAGAGGCGAACAGGUAGCAGCCGUAGCCCUAACAAUACUGCUGAUGGGGAUACGUCUGACUCGGGUGUUCCAGUGAGAGAAAGCGCCAUGGAAAACGAAGAGGAGGAACUGACUCUGAAAUAUGGAGCAAAGCAUGUAAUCAUGCUCUUUGUGCCUGUCACCCUUUGUAUGAUUGUUGUCGUCGCCACCAUAAAGUCAGUGCGCUUCUAUACGGAGAAAAACGGGCAGCUGAUCUACACCCCUUUCAGUGAGGAUACCCCAUCUGUGGGCCAGCGUCUCUUGAACUCGGUGUUGAACACCAUCAUAAUGAUCAGCGUGAUCGUUGUAAUGACAGUGUUCCUAGUUCUGCUCUAUAAAUAUCGCUGCUACAAGUUCAUCCACGGCUGGCUCAUCCUGUCCUCUUUGAUGCUGCUCUUCCUCUUUACCUACAUAUAUCUCGGUGAAGUAUUGAAGACCUACAACGUGGCCAUGGAUUACCCCACUCUGUUCUUAGUCAUCUGGAAUUUUGGAGCUGUUGGAAUGAUUUGCAUACACUGGAAAGGUCCCUUGCAGCUCCAGCAAGCAUAUCUCAUUAUGAUCAGUGCUCUGAUGGCACUGGUUUUCAUUAAAUAUCUACCCGAGUGGUCAGCAUGGGUGAUUCUAGGUGCAAUCUCCAUCUAUGAUCUGAUGGCUGUUCUCUGUCCCAAGGGGCCACUGAGAAUGCUGGUAGAAACUGCACAGGAGAGAAAUGAGCCCAUUUUUCCUGCAUUAAUAUAUUCCUCUGCUAUGAUAUGGACAGUUGGAAUGGCAAAGCUGGACACAGCAGCAAGAGGACCAAGUCAGCAGACAUGGGAUGCAGCUGAGGAUGGGAGAGAGAACCACAGGAGCCCUUCACACGCAGACUCUCAGAUAUCGGAGACGAGGAGUCCUGUUCCAACCCGCCCCGUCACUUCUUUCGAGGAGCUCGAGGAGGAGGAAAGGGGUGUGAAGCUGGGCCUUGGAGACUUCAUAUUCUACAGCGUGCUUGUUGGGAAAGCAGCUGCCACAGCUAGUGGAGACUGGAAUACUACGCUGGCCUGCUUUGUAGCCAUUCUCAUAGGUUUAUGCUUAACUCUUUUAUUACUGGCUGUUUUUAAGAAAGCAUUGCCUGCUCUUCCCAUCUCCAUCACCUUUGGCUUGGUCUUUUACUUCUCGACAGACAACCUUGUGCGACCAUUCAUGGACACCCUGGCCUCCCACCAGCUGUAUAUUUAGAAGAAGUGGGAGUUAGAGGAUUCUUUUUAAAGCUUUGCUGUGAAGUAUGGUACGUUGUUUGGAAUAAGUCAUAAAGUUUUGCACUUAGUGCCAUAUAUUUGUAAGGAAAACACUAACUCUGUGACAUGAUGUGUACUAAAAAUCUAAUAGUUAGAUGUUGAAGUGAGAUUUUUUCAUAGGACUCUUGGGACUCCAGUGAAAAGCCUGGCUCACUGCUGAUGUCAGAGUGUUACUUUUAUGUUAUUUGAUGUGCCCACUGGCUGUUGGGAGCACAGAAACCUGUAUGUAGCAUGGGACACUGGAGACGUGAAGGGUGUGAUCUGUGCUACCAGAAGCUAAGGUGUAUUAGCCCUGGAAUUGCAGUCAAGCUUAACUGUACUCCAGAAUUUUGAAGCAUUGCGCAAACAUGCGGUGCAAACUUGUGAUCAGAAAAGCGUAGCAGUCAGCAGGCACAGAACAGAGCACUGCAUUACACCUGGUUGUGAGCAUUAGAAAAGUGAGGUUGAACUUAAUAAGCUGGCCUCUGUGCACACAAUUUCUGUUGAAAUUGCCCCAAAUGCCUAUUUAUUCUGACCUUAGUGAGAUACAGCGAGCCAUGACGCAUCUAGCCAGGAUGUCAGUGGUGGGAUGUUUAAACGUCAGGCUUCUGGUCCUGAGGGCAUCCACCACCGCAGCUAACAGCUGAAGGCAGGGCUGCCCUUUCCAGCGCAUCAGAUCCUCAGUGUGGGAAGACAGAUUCUUUUUCCUGUCUCCUCCCAGCAUUUUAUCUUUUUGGAAAUCUUUUUCUGGGUCUAUACUACAAUCCUCAAAUUACCAUAGUGUGGAAAUUUCUGCGCAACUCCAGUAAAUCAGUUGACUUGUAACUUCCUGUGUGUAUUUCUGGUCUCAUUUCUGCACAUUGUUGUAACUACUCCAAAGGACCAUUUGCCUUCCCUGUAUGAAAAGGUCCUCUUACACUGAUCGAGGCUUGGUUUACCUAGUUUUUGGUACUGUUUAAAGAUGAUUUUGUUUUAAUUACAAAUUUUAAAACAGCUAUUUGAUGUCAAAGGGACUCUUUUGGAAAUGCCCUGUCACAGUUUGUAUCAAAAUAUGGGGGUGCAAACUUUAAUCUGCUGUUACAUUACUCUACAUAAGGCAUCGUUAAUGCUAGGAAUAUUUACACAGUCUCAAAUGAGUUCAUUAAAAAAAAAAAAUCACAGUGCUUGUUGCCAGUAAGAAGUACAGUUUUGACUGAAUCUUACUGUUUUCACCACCUUUUAAAAUAAUUUUAUUUCUACCUCGAGAGUAAUUUUUUUAGAAAUAGCCAAGUUCUGUGAUUUUUUUUCUUUUCUUUUUAAUCGAGUGUCUUAUUAUGCAAACAAGCUCUGUUUUCUUUGACAGCUGAUCAAUGUCAGUGUUUCAAAAUGUAACAUUAUGCAAGGUUUUGUGAAUAAUGCAAUGUCAUUGAGAGAUGCAGAAUUUCAUCUCUGAAAAUAGUUUUUAGAUAAGGCUUUGAACUACACAUUUUUAAGGCGGUGCUUUUUCCAAUGGACUUGUUCAACCUAAUCUUUGAUAUUCAACAAGGACAUCACACAGGUGAUUCAUACAAAUUUUUAAAAAGUGCAUAAGGGUUUUUACAAGUUGUGUGUUUCAGUUUGGACAAGUAAUUUUUGUUCUUUGUUUAGUUUUCUCUCCUCAUUUCUUACAUUUGCAGUGUUUGGACUUAACAGCUGCAGAGAAAGUUAAUUAUUACUAAAAGGUAUUUCCUUUGGAAACAUAAAUCACUAGAGCUCUGUCCGCUGAUUUUUAAGAUUUAGGUGAGAGUUGUUCUUUUUGUUUGUUUGGGGUUUUCUCUCUUUUAACUAAAACAGGUAUGGGGCCCAGUCAGAACACAGUGACUUGCAAACGUGAUUUUACUUCUUGCAUUGCAUGGUGUAGAGAGGAUGUAGAAUAUUUAUAUGUACUAGAAGAAAAAUCCUGCUUGGCUUAACAGGGUUGUAGCAUGUUAGAAACAAUUUAUUUCUAUGAAAGCAGAGUUGAUAUUUGAAGGAAACUUGGGGGGCACCUUCAAAUAUUGAAGGAUCCCUACUGGAGCUGGUGGUUUUCUGCAGAUUUGUGCUCGCCAAAGAUUGGUCUUCAAGCAAUUCUGCAUAACUUAUAAAAAUUGUAAUUUAAAAGGUAACUGAGCAACAGAUUCUGUCAGUGCAACAAAAUGUAUUGUCCUGGUGAGUGAUAGAAGUAUAUCAUGUAUAUAGUGGAGUGGUUUUAAUUGUGUAAAAGUUCAUAUGUAUUUACUACAAAUAUAUAUACUCACUGUGUGUGUUUAUGUGUGUAUAUACACACAUGCACAGAAGUUUUAAAACAAUAUUGAGUGAUUUCUCAUCUCAUUUGACAUUUUCACCUGUGCAUAAAGUGAAGUUUUGUUUGUGAUGUUAACAUUGUGCAGCAUGGCCUAAGAUGUGAGAAUGGAGAGGGCAGGAUUUACUCCCUAGUUGGCUACUACAUGAGAUACUGACUCAGUGACCUGGCAACUUGAAUGAGCAAAGCAUUUGUCUGUCUACUAUGUUCAUUCACUGUUUUCAACUUGCUGCAUGCUCUGCUGAACUGCAGUCUCUUCCACCCUGAAGAAAUCCUAAUAUUCCCACUGAUGUGCAUCCCUGAAAAAGCACAGCUCUCAGGUAGGCUGGGGUGAUGCCCGUCUUGAUGCAGGUGUCGCUCAACUGUUGCCUGAAGUCUUAUAGGAGGUGCAUUGUCUUGGCAUUUUCUUACAUGAUCCCUGUCACACCCACUCCUCCUCUCCAGUCUAAAAUGAGCGUCUCAAUGCGUCUAGUCUCAGAUGUGGCUUGAGCAUACACCAAUCUCUAACAUGUAAGACUGAAGCUAAGUCCAUGAACAAAGAUGUAGUGGUAAGCCUGCCUAAUGCAAACCCAAGCUUUUCAUUGGUGGGAGAUAUGCAGCCUCCUUGCAGCACUUAGUGCCUUUGUUAGAAGCAUGUGCAAUUCAAUCAGUUUGGCAUUGUUACCUUCUGACCACACAGUUGCUGCUUGUGCUUAUUGAUAUGUUUCUUCUUGCCGCUUCGUUGUUGCUUUUGGUUUCAAUUGCUUUGGGGUUGUUUAAAGUGUACACUGUGCAUCGAAGACUGGAGAUGCGUUCUGCCCACAGAGAGUGCACAAGAAGCAGCACAGUCAUGAAGAAAGUACAAGAAACAGGAUAUUCCUUGCAGUAUCAUGCAGUGCUUCUACAGCAGCUCUCAUCGAAUACUCAAGGUCUCAUUCAUAAAACCUAACUUCAGACUCCUAAGGGAAGUCGCUCAGAAAGGAGUCAAUCUCUGCUAGAAAUGUUGUCUCCUUCUGGUUCACAGAGAGAAGAGGGCACAUUUGCAAUAUGAGGUGUCUCAGCAAGAGCUUUAUAAACACUGCUGGAGCUGGGGCAACGAGGGUUAAUAGAUACAUCAAGGUCACAGCACACGCCUACCAGUCAGGAAAAGGAGCAGUAGUCUGCUCUCCCAUAUCUCCUUUGCACCAGUUGCUAGUGAAGUCUCCUCCAUGGGACAAUCGGAUGAAGUUAGAUGGACCACCUCUCUUUGAGUAAAUGGCACUCGCUGAUGGGAGUCUGGUGAAGAAUAGCUCAAGGCCCACUGUCCUUGCAAAACAAAGUAUUUGGAGGUCUCCCUGCUACUCUCAAAGCAGUAAAUUUCUCUGCUUUGUUCUUGCCUUCCUAGGUACUUCCAGUUAAUCGCACAGUGGUUUUUGCCUGCCUUUUCCUUGUAACUCAAAUUGCAUUUUGGUUUAAAUUAAAUAUAUAAUUAUAUUUUCUUAUUGUUUCCCUCAGUCCCUGGUUUCCACUUUUCUGCAUUAGAGAUGCUCCUUGGCAGCCACGGGAGGGCAGUAAGUCUACAUGGAGAAGUACCAGCCAUUUUAAAGUACUCUGCUGCAUGCCCCUUGUUUUUCAGUGAGGCUGAAGGCCCUGGAGUCUCCCUCAUAGCAAGGAGAAAGCAGGCACCCCACACGCCAGCACAGCUGCAGUUUUGGCUCAGCAAGGGAGAGGGUUUGAGUGGAGCGAGCUCACACUGUACCAGAAUCCAUUUAAAACCAGCUGGUUUCAAUGUGAUGCCAUGUUCAGCACUGCAGCUCUGGGUGAGGUGCUGCUGUUACAUUGCACACUCCAUUUUAUUUGGGUUGCCCCCUAUUUUUUUUUUUUUAAAGCAUUCAGCCCUAGUUUCAGUCCUACAAACCCCAAGCAUAAGUCAGGGGCUCCUCUAGACAUCGCUAAAUUAUAUUUUCUCUUGAGGAUUUUCAAGAAGCAAAGGAAUAAUUAUACUUACUGCUUUCUCAUCCCACCUCUUGCUUGCAGUCUCCUGUUCUGUCCCAGCAGGUCUUGCUAAUCUGGAGGGGAGGAAAAAGGAUACACUGCUGUCAUUUCAGCUCUCAGCACUGGGGAAUGUAGGAUCUAGCUAGAUCAUGUCUGUGCUGUCAGGAGGACCAGGGGCUAAUCUACUUUUCUUGAACUCCAUUGCUUUAUAAGAAGGCUGCCUGGACAGAUGUAUCUUUGCCAUACCACACUACUCAUACUUUCCCCAUAUGCACUGUUGCAUCCCUUGUUGAAUUUAUCCUUGGUUCCCCUGCCCCCAGUAAGGUAAAGUGAUGUGAGCUGUUCCCAUUCAACAAAUGGGAAACAGAGCAAGAGUAAGAGAGUAAAUGCUGGGUUUAAGCUUGGUUACGUAAGAAAGAUCUGCCUGCAUCAGAUCAUGAUCAUCAAACAUGAUCGCACAAGUUGCCAUCCUUCCUUUUGCAUCUUCUUUUUGCUGCAGGUCUGCUAUCACCUAUCUUUUCCCACUCUAAAUUUAAGACAUUUGCCCUGGGCACUCAAGGAGUUAAGUGAAUAUGAACUGUUAUCUUCCCCUUCGUGCGACAUGUUUGUUUGACAGCUGCCCAAGAGCACAAUUUGAGAGGUGGCACUGCUCAGCACUAUUUAUGGCUCAGUAUUAAAAAAGAUAUAAAUAAACAGAGACUUUGAAGUGGAACUAGCUAAACUCCGUGAUAUAGAAACCUGAGACAGGUACAGGGCCAAGUAGUUAGAAUGGAAGUUUUCCAAACUGGGAAUUGCUAAAGUCCUAUCAAACGCAGCCUGAAAUAAGUGACGGCUCCCCAGGCCAACUCAGGAUUAGGUCUGUGCAGCAAUAAAUGGUGCGAAGCCUGGCACUCCCAAACUGCCUUGCAGGGCCUGAAAAAUCAGAAGGGGGCAGAGUAAGAAAAGCAUUAGGCCUGUUUUCUCCAAUAUCAUUGGUUUCCAUGAUUUCAGGGAGACCUUGCUCGCCCCAGUGUAAAACGUAACUCCACAGCUAACUUGCAAUAAAGCGGAGUAGGAACAAUGUAAAAAGAGUGCAAGAGCAAGUGUGGAAAACUGAUCCAACCUUCUAACUUAGCCCAUGCUAUCCUCAAUCUUUACAAAGCUAAAAUAAGCAAUUACAAUUGUCCUUGACUUGGUAGAGCUGCAUCUAUUUAUGAAAGAACCGGAGUCUUUGGAACUGGUAUAAGGCAAGCAAGAUCUCUGGAGCUGAAGGUAGGGAGGUAUUCAAGAUUAUUUUUAAAGCUACCUAUCCACAGCUUUGAUGUACCAACAGUCAGUAGCAAUAAAAUGCCAGUAGCGUUAACAAUUAUUCCAACAGGAACUUCUUACCCCUUCAUCAUGCCAGACAACAUAUGCCCUCUCCAAACAUGGCCUCAGUGAUAUUCUGGGAAGUUCAAAUUUGAGCUAUUUUUGUUCUCCAAAUAUUGUGCCAAAAGUCAGUCUUCCAGCACUGUUACGUGUGGUUUCCAAGAGGCAUGAAAACCAUUUGACUUUCUUCUUUAAUAAGGGGAAAAAAAAAAAAAUCUGAUUUCUGUCCCUAUGUGAUUUGGGUGGGCAAGCUAAGAACUGAAAUGGCAAACACACUAAAUGAUUUCAGACAACUCCUUGUGUUGCCAAUGCAAACUCCAGGCUGUGCAGAACACUAAUAGGGAAGAGAAAUCCAGCAAACGCGCUUGGCUGUAGAGGCUAUGGCUGGUCAGCCUAGGGAAGAAUACAAGGUUAGAAAAAAUGAAAUGUACCUGAGGCAUGGCUCAGAUUUAUAAAAGAGGAAUGGGGUGCUGCCUGUUAUGGCAGUGCAGCUAUAGCUUUAAAGACUUAAAUAGGAUGGGAAAAUGAGGGCUAGCAGGGGACAUAAGCCAUAGCAAAGGCACUUAGCAUGUAAAGGGUUAGGUCACCUUCCCUGUUACCAUUGUGUGUGUGCAUGCUUUUCAGUGCCAUCACGAAACAGGAGUGCUGCUGCAGAGAACAGGGAGAAUAUCUGUUCUUCAGGGAAGGAGCCACGUUUCCUAUGCUUUGAAAGCAGGCUGCUGGUUAAACUGAAGGGAAAGUUGUCGAAGUCCAUGGAGUGGAUGGCACAGGAUGUAGUCACUGUCCAGGCUUUAUCAUUAGAUACUGUAUCUAGUGGGAUUGCUGUAGGAAAGGGCCAUCUCUGUGCUCCCACCUUGGGCUCCUCCAGGCUAGAAAUCUUCUUGGAAGUGUCUGGGAGUUGAUGGGAGAGUGAACCUGCACUGCUAGUUCUUGGCACUGCUGUGCCUGAAGGCAAGCUCUUUUCCCUGUGCACAGCUACACAGCACGUUGAAAUUACUCUGCUGUGCUUCCACUGAGGCUUCCCAAGCACUUCUUUAGGAGUCAGGCUUCAAGAGCACAAGAAUGCCAUUAGUCCUAUUUUACAGAUAGGAGUUGAAUAAUCUGCUCAGGGUCAAAUGAAGGGCUUAACCUGGAUGUCUGGACCAUCUCUUGGUCGGUCAUUCCUUCCAGAGGCUUGUAUUAACUGCUGGCAUCUCCCUCUUAGCUGCACUCGGAGACCUGUCAGUCAGGAUAUUCUGCCAGCAAUCGAUCUCUCUCUCCAGGUAUGUGGACACAGAUGUAGAUACUAGAGGUCAGAUUAUGCAGUCCUUCUCAACUGACCUCAGGAAUUGGAUCAAUAGCCGCAGCAAAGCAGAAAAAGAGUCAGCAUCCAAAGGUAGCAAUGAUUCUGCUUUCCCCCUAGACUGACUGCUAGAAGUAAAUUGUUGGAACUAUCUGCGAAUCACCUUCAGGCAAGUGGAUUGAGCUUAUGAGUUUGUCUGUUUGCCACACAGGCACUCAGAAAAACCCAGCAGCUUUCCCUGUCUCACUCCCACACCUUGCUGCGUGUUGGAACAGCGAGGCGAGAUGCCAGGAAGCC